CAUUUCACAUCUCUCUCUCUCUCUCUCUCUCUCUCUCUCUCUCAUUUCAAAGAAAAUGAGGCCUGUCAGCAAUACCUUCAACACAACCGGUGCUCCGGCACAGCACUCCCCAUGGCAUUCGCCUGUACCAUACCUCUUCGGUGGUCUCGCAGCCAUGCUCGGCCUCAUAGCAUUCGCUCUCCUCAUCCUGGCCUGCUCUUACUGGAAGCUUUCUGGGUACUUAGAGAACGGAGACAACAGCGAGAGAGAAGCUGAGAACAGCGACGAGAAGCCUUCAGAUUCUCUGAAAAUCCCACCCGAUAUGGAGGCAAGAGUGGUGGUGAUAAUGGCGGGAGACGAGAAGCCGACCUACCUCGCGACGCCGAUUUGCAGCAGGGCGUCAUCGUUUGCAGACAAGAAAGAGAACGAGAAGAAGGAAACUCAGAAAGAGGGAGAUGAAAAUCAAGAGACCCAGAAUCAGAACCCAUGAAAUUCUUGGGUCUGUUUGGAUGUUUUCUGAUUUGAGUUUCUCCCUGUUUGGAGCUCGAAUUCCAGGUUUUGGUUUUGGGCUGCUGAGACGAGCUCUGUGUUAGAUGGUAUGGGUAUUUUGGUCUUUUUACAGCUCGUGUUUUGGUUUUUUUUUUUCUUUUCUUUUUUCUUUUUGUACUCGGCGAAUGUAAAUAUGAGAUGGAAUGGAAGUUUUUCGUAAAUUUUCUACUAUUUGUUUUGACAUUUCACCCCCUUAUCGAAA